UUACCUGCCUUCACUAUCUCCCGUGAUAGGGGAUUCUUGCCGAGGGAUGAUCCUAUCAUCAAUCUUCCACCAGCUUUUUCGGCGCUUGACUCCCUUUUACAACGUAUGACCCUUAUUCAACCUGACGGUCAACCCGGUUUAUUAGCCCAAGGCACAUUUGGACAAGCAGUGAUGGCUGAAUUAUGCGACAGUAAUGUCUCCCUUGAGAUCAUGAAGGCCAUCGAUCUUGCAAUUGCCGAAAACGAUCAAAAUCUGCUCUCGGCUCUCUUCCGUGACUAUAGUUUCUUGACAUCGGCGUAUUUGCUUGAACCUGUUGACUUGCACUAUAAGCAAACUGGUGAAUAUUGUAUUGGGAGAGACAUUUUACCUGCUCCUAUUGCAGUCCCUUUCAAGAAAUUGGCCGAUGCCUUGGGUCAUUUUCCGUACAUGGAGUAUGCCUCAAGUUAUGCCUUACAAAACUUUGCUCGAAUCAAUCCUGAGAAGCCCAUCUCUUACGAUAACUUGAGAUUAAUACGUGGUUUUCAAGACCGUAACAAGUCAAGCUCAGAGAGCGGAUUUAUACUUGUUCAUGUCGAUAUGGUUGCCCAUUCGGGCAAACUUAUAAGUGCGAUCGAAAAAGCGCUCGGAGCUGUGGCUACCAGUGACCGAGCGAACUUUAAUAUGGCAUUGGAUCAAAUGUAUCAAGCUUAUCAAAAGAUCAAUGCCUCGAUGCAUACUAUGUGGGGUCACAGUAAACCGGCAGAUUAUUUGAAGUUUCGUAGCUUUAUUUUUGGUACUGGACCUGGCAAGCGUCUCAACAAAAUGUUUCCAAACGGGGUAUUCUAUGAGGGCGUCAGUAAUGAAGCAUUGUAUUUCAGAGGCGAAUCUGGUGCCAAUGAUUCGAUGAUCCCGGUGGGAGAUAAUCUUCUAGAGAUCACCGCUCGAUUACCGCAAAAUGAAUUUACUGCGAUUUUACGUGACUUCCGUACAUAUCGCCCUAAGACUCAGCGUGAUUAUGUUGAAUCUGUCGAAGCACGUGCGACAGCUUAUCAAGUUAAACGAUUUGCUGAAGCGGAUCCUACUAGUUUAGCACUCUAUGUGCUCAAUGUUGAUCAAAUCCGUGAAUUCAGGGAUAGACAUUGGAAAUUUACCAAGUCUUAUAUCCUUGAGCAUACCACUUAUGGUAUUGCGACCGGUGGUUCGCCCAUUGCUACUUACCUACCUUCCAACCUCACCACUGUACUUAACGUACUU